UUCAGGCCCAAAGGAGACUUUAUCAUCUCCUACCACCCGGAAAUUAAGUCCCUUUUCAUUGCGACAGGGGGCAGCGGCCAUGGAUACAAAUUCCUCCCUGUCCUCGGCGACAAGAUCGUGGACGCCAUGCAGGGCAUCCUGGACUCCGACCUUGCUCGUUUGUGGGCUUGGACGGAUAAUCCGGUCACCACCCCUGCCGGUGGUCUCGGAGUGGUGUGGACUGAAGACGGCAGCCGGUCCGGCGCCAGGGGCAUGCUGUUGGUCGAGGAACUGGAGAAGAGCACCAUUAGCAACUGCCCCAGCACCAGCACCAGCACCAGCCCCAGCAACGGCCCCAGCAACAGUACCAACGAUGGUGACGUGAAGGUGAUAAGCAGGUUGUAG